AUGCGCACCGGAUCUGAGCUGUUGCAGGUGGGUUUGUUGCAGAGAGNCAGCGACUAUGUGGGCCGUCCACUGUGUGGGGCUUCGACUGGCAGUAGCGUGGCGGAUGUGAGCUGGUGCAGUGCACGGGUGGCAUUUUCUGAUUCUCUCCCUCCGGCAAUAUGGACGGGGAUAUACAGAAUAUCAAGAAAUGGAUACCAUCUGAAACUCCCAUGCGCUAUUGAGAGUGAGAAGGCAUAUCCCAGGGAUUUUAUGCAAAGAGGGAGGGUGAGGGUUCAGUUGAAAAGAGAAGAUGGGAGUCUCUACAAUCCAGCCAUUUCUUCUAGAAAACAGCUAAUGCUUCAUGUAGCAGAGUUGGUCCCAAGACACCCUGGUCGGAUAAAGAAACAAGAGCCUGCCUCCACCUCAGCAGCCGGACCUUCUAAAUCUGGAAAGGGUAGUAGAAAGAAGCGAUAG